CAGACGCACGUUGACUGACAAGCAGCAACACGCUGCGGACUAAUCGAGCAGCGUCAAACUUUACACGGACACGAACUUAAGAAGACGUUUUGGUUUUUUUUUUUUUUGGACAAGAUGCGUCUUUUAAUUCAACUUUAAUUGACAGUUUUGUUUUCUUCUCAUUUCUUUAAAGAACUGCAGCCUUGUCAAGACUUCCUCCAGUUGGCAUAUUAGCUCAUUCUAUCCCCCUACUUUCGUCCACGCUAUAAUUAUGAUGACUUUGAGCCCCGUGUCGGACACUUUGGUCUCCUCUGAGUCUUCCAAAUCGGCCUUCAUGGAUUUCAGCGGCCACGGCUACCCGGGACACCAGCAUCCCUCCCCGGGAUUAGCGCACAGCCACUACACCUUCCACAGUCUGCACGCAGUGGGACCCACGCAACACGACAGUCCCUUCCAGUCUUCCGCAGCCCCCUACGGCCGCCCGCUGGGGUACCCACCGUACCACAGCGCGCACCAGCCGGGGCCUUACCUGCCGUACCAGCCCGGCGGGCACAGCAGCGCCUUGGCACACAGCAGGUCUGAGGACUCCGAGCGCGAGAAACUCACCACCCCCUCAGAAAACGGAGAGCUUCGGCUCAACGGGAAGGGGAAGAAGUCCCGAAAGCCUCGGACUAUUUACUCCAGCAUGCAGCUCCAGACCCUCAACCAGCGCUUCCAGCAGACCCAGUACCUGGCUCUGCCCGAGAGGGCCGACUUGGCUGCCAAACUGGGCUUGAGUCAGACGCAGGUCAAAAUCUGGUUCCAGAAUAAGCGCUCCAAAUACAAGAAGAUCAUGAAGAACGGGCUGUGCGGACCUGACGGAGAGUCGCUUCCCCCCCCACUGCAGUCUCCCUCGCCUCAGUGCUCGCCGUGGGACGUGAGCAUAGCGGCCAAAGGCGCGCCGCCGCUGCACCCAAGCGGCUACAUGAACAGCUUUGGACACUGGUACCCGGGUCACCAGCCAGACACAAUGGCCAGGGCACAUAUGAUGUGACGCUCGCCAGUCUUUUUGGUUUCUUCCUGCAAGAACUCAUUGAGCUGAGGUGACGGGAAUCAUUUACAACAUAAAACACUGGAAGCCCAUAUUUGAGCGCGGAGGGCAGCUAUGAGCAGCAUAUAUAGACAGAUGUGCGGAUCGGUACCGGACAUAAACACUGUGGGGAGUGGACUUGGUUUCUUCCAAUAAGCUACAAAUCAGCAGCACUGUGGAACCAUGAAUCAAUCAUUUAAUAUUUUACAGUUGCACUCAAAUUUAUUCAAACGUCAGAGGGACUUCUAUUUAUUUGCAAUGUUUGUCAACUUUAAACGAUGGAUUUUCUCCGCUUUGAAUUGUAACUUAAAUUUUAUUUAUGGUAACUGAAACAGGUGAAGAAGAGUGCUGCAGCAAUGAAUCCAGCAGGGGGCGCCGUCUCACGAGUCAAUUCACGCAACAUUCUCCAGCAGGAAGAUGCUUUGACAAUGUGUACUGCAACUGCACUUUCAGUGUGCGAGUGAUUUUUAAUCGAUGUGUAAAACUGGAUUUGAAAUGUGUUUAGCAACGUUGAGGGGGCAUAUUACCGGGUUUAUAGCAGGGCUAUUCAACCGGCGACCCCGGGGGGCAAAUCUAAGUUCAGUUAAAAACUUGGGGAAAAACUAUUUUGCAAUAAAUUCCUUAAAAUACAAGAGUGUUCCUGUUGUCAAGAGGAACUUGGACCACUGUAAACACAUUGGCAGAUCAUUACAUUGACUAUUUAACCUUGCUAGCAAACAUAGAACAAUGAACGUAACUGAGGGGUUUUCCAGGACACUCCUCUAAGUCCUCUUCUUCUUUACAGUUACAAGAGUGACAUAUGUAACUAAGGUGUUGCUGUAGCUUGUUACUUCUUUUUUAGUCACAAGCCAUUUUGUUCAACUUGUUUAGUUAUGCUAGUGGUGUUCCUCAAGGCUUCAUCUUAGGUCCUCUCUUCUUUAUGAGUUCAGUUCAAAAACCUGUGAGGGCUGUGAUAGAGAGGAGCAUUUUGACUAGCAAAGUCCUUAAAAAUAGCAGAACGCUCCUGUAACGCUGACAAAUAAAUAAACCAAAAAUAAAAUGUCUACUGUAGAGGACAGUGGUUCUCAGGAUUAUGCAAAAUAAGACUAAAGGUGGCAUGUGAAGUACGUCCCCCAGGUUUUAGCUUUCCGGAAAAUAAUUCAGUUGGAUAUCCCUGGUUUAUAAAAUUAAAAAUAGGCGCUCCGGUAUUCGCCAUUUGCCGGAGGUCUUCAAACGUAACCCCAACCAAUAGCUUGGAUGUUCCGUAAACAAAACAAAAGCAAAUUUAAACAGCUCAACACUUUCAGUAAUGUUUUUUUUUUCAGUUUGUACAUUUGCUCGUAAAUGUAAUUCACAACAGGUAUUGAAUAAUUUCAGGUGCAACUGGGAAUCAGGUUGUUGACGGGUUGGAACAGAGGUUUGUCAAAGACGAGUAGACAUUUAAAAAGAUGGCUCAUGUCUGACUUGUUGGCUACGACUGGUUUUGACAGAGCAACCGGUUUUCACUAGCACUGAAGCAGGGGUGUCCUAAGCGCACCUGGAGGGCGUUUGCAACUUGCUUUUGUUUUGAAAAUACCAUUAAACCGCCAAAAAUUUGCAAAUUAGAGAAAAAAUGUAGCUUAUCGGCUAUUGUAAAAACUGGUGUACUAAUUGUCACCUGUUUUUUUUCCAAGCUGAUUCAUGUUAUUAGUCUGUUAAGAAAAUUGGAAUGACCAAAAUUGAUUUUAUCAUGCUGUUGUCUGUGUAAAAAGUUUGGACACCCCUGCACUGAAGGAUAACUGACAUGUUAGAAAGGGGAAAAAGAAUAACAGUCAGCUUGUGAUCAUUAUGGAAAUAAUGGGCACUUCCCUUUGACCCCCACUGCCCAAAUACAGUGUUUUCUGUGCAGGGUAUUUGCACUGUUUUCAGGGAUUGUGUGCCUCACACCAUGUUGCACUUCAUUCAUCGAGCGCUACAUCUCAUCCACAGCGCUUGUGAAUCUCAUUGUGUUUCUUUGUGAUUUUGUAUCAUACGGGAAUAAGCGGCAGAAAAUGGAUGGAUGGAUGGAUGGAUAAUUACAUGUGGAAACGGGCUUCUGUGAAGAUGUUCUAUUGUUUCACACUUUGGCUUUGGUGAAGUUUAAAAAAAAAAAAUCAAAUUACAGAACCAAAGGAAAAAAAAAUAUCUAGGAAUUACAAUUUUUACUAUUGUGAGUGUCUCUAAUCAUUCUAAAUUAUAAAGCCAUAUUAUUAUUUAUGAGGGAUAAGGAACUUCAAAGGAAACAGCUUCUCCUUCCUAUGAGUUUUAAUACUAUCAAGGUCUAUUUUAGUACUUGCUCAAAAAUGUGGUUUAGAAUCAAGAAUGUGCCUUUUUCCUUGUUUAGGGUUGCACACAAUGUUAUUUUCUUAUAUUUGGACACUGUGACAUAUUGGGUCCUAAAGAACAAAUAAUAAAAUUAUUUUUGGCUUAGGAA